AUGAAUAUAGUUGAGUACAGAAAGCAUCAGAAUGAAAACUAAAUCAGAACUUGCUGUUGCAAAAGAAGAGCUCCUUGGGAAUUACAACCAGACAGAAAAGUAUAAUAGGUAUUUAAAUUCUUAGAUUCUGAUUGGUACCGCAGAUAAAAAUAUUCCCAAUAAUAGAGUAGAGACUUCUAAGUAUAAUAUGCUCACAUUCUUACCCAAAAACUCAUUAGAAUAAUUUAGGAAAGCAUCUAAUUUGUACUUUUUGCUUUUAGGCAUUUUGUAAUCAGUUUGAAUUUAAUUUAGUUAAAUCCUACCUCCAGUCACAACUACUGAUGGACAACCAACUGUUUAUUUACCCCUUUCAUUCAUUAUUAUGGUCAGCAUGAUCAAGGAUUUUUUUGAAGACUUUAAAAGGUACCUCAAUCAUCACCAUUAGACACCGAGCAGAUGAUGAAGAAAACAAUCGAACUGUAUAGAAAUAUUCACUUCGAACAGGAGUUUUCGAAUAUGACAAAUGGUAAAAUGUUUAUGUAGGAGACAUUAUAAGGAUUGCAAAUAAAUAGGUAUGAUUUUAACUUAAGAGUAGAGAAUUCCUGCUGAUAUUAUUAUAUUAGCAACUUCGAAAGGAGGAGAAUGUUUUGUAGAAACUAAGAAUCUAGAUGGUGAAACUAAUCUCAAACCUAAAUAUGCACAUCCAUAAUUGCAAACAUUAUACAGAUAAUUAAAUGAAAAAGAGUUACCUUAUAAUUUGUAAUUUUGCAAUAAAAUAUCUUAGAUUUGUAACUAUGGAUUUUGAAAGAUAAAAUCCUCUUAUGUAUAAAUUUAAGGGAAGUUUCAAUAUUGUUAAUGAAAAUAAAGAAUUACCAAAGGAACCAUUAAAUUAUGAAAAUUUUUUAGAAAGAGGAUGUUCUCUUUAAAAUACUGAUUGGAUUUUAGCAGUUACUGUAUAUACAGGUCAUGAUACUAAGAUAAUGAUGAAUUCUAUUAUAGGAAAGAUGAAAUAUAGUACAGUUGAGAAAUUGAUGAGCAAGUAAAUUUUAUGGGUAUUCUUAUUUUUGUUGUUUGAAUGUAUAUUUGCAUCAACAUAUUAUAAUGUAUGGUACUAAAGAAAUGUGAAUGAAUUACAAUCUUAUUUGAAUAUUGAUUAAAAUGCUCCAGAGAAUAAUUCCUUUUACAAUUUUAUAUUAAGAUUUGCAAUGUGGUUUUUAUUAUUAGGUAAUAGUGUUCCAAUUUCAUUAUUGGUUACAUUAGAAACAGUUAAAUUCUUUUAAGCUUAAAUGAUAUAAUGGGAUAAGAAUUAUUUAACAUUUGAUCGACCAGCAGCUGUUCAUUCCUCAAAUUUAAGUGAAGAAUUAGGAGUUAUUGAAUAUAUAUUUAGUGAUAAAACAGGAACAUUGACAUAAAACAUAAUGAAAUUUAAAUCUAUUAUAAUUGAUGAUAUUGUUUAUGGAGAUAUAGAGGAAUAACCUUAAUAAGAAAUAAUAGAUGAGAAACCUUUUAAGGAAAAAUAGAGAAUUGUAUCAUAAAAUGUAGAUUUUACAGAUGACACCCUAUAUUCUGAAUUAGUAUCUGAAUUCAUGAAUAAAAAAUCUGCUAAGAAUUUCUCAAAUAAUGAUCAUGUAUUCUUAACUCUCCUAUGCUUAUCUUUAUGUCAUACUAUAUAAACAGAAUUAGUUGAAAAUAUUGAAUCAGAAAUUUAAUAUAAUGCAAGUUCUCCAGAUGAAUUAGCAUUGGUAAGUUUUGCAGCAGAGAUGGGAUUUAAAUAUAUUGGUAAAGAAGACAAUGUAAUGAAGGUUUACAUUAAACAUAGUAAAGAAACCUUAAAGUUUCAAAU